AUGGAGCAAUGCGAGGAUCUCAUCUACCGGUUCAAGCACUUCAAUGCCGAUAAAAAGCUAAACCUGAACUUCGUCUGGGAUCUACCGCCGUUGCCGGAGAGGGUAACCGAGGAGAUGGUCGAGGCGUACCUCGGGGAGGAUGCCGAAGCCGAUUCCUCGAGUGGCUCAGAAUCAGACAGUGAGGAGGAAGAAACGACUCCCCCUGCUGAGCCGUUGAGUGCCCUAGAGGAUGAGGGCAGGUCGGCACUGCCCGAGGCCGAUCCUCCAACUCCUUGA